GUGUUCCGCGCCUCGUUUUCUCCCCUUCGGCGCCGCCGUGCUCUCCCUCCACCAAUCCCUUUGGCGCGACGUCCUGCGAAACGACAACCCACAAGACUCAAACUCCGUCGCUUUGUUCCCCAACCUUCUCAACUCCCCGGUUUACCCCUGGUGGCAGAUCUCGCACCUGUUCACUGGGUCCCAAAGAGGAGGACCUGAAUGGGAGUUUUUCCGAGAAAACACGCUCUUUAACAUCGACUCCUGUGGCGUCGUUAUCAACACUUUCACCGAGUUGGAACAAGUUCACAUAGACCAUGUGAAGAAAGAACUCGGACAUAAAAGAGUCUGGGUCGUGGGCCCGGUUUUACGGAUUCAUAACAGUUCGACCGAACCAGAAGAGCAUGGCGGGAUCAGCGCCGUUUCGCGACAUGACAUCGUUGACUGGCUGGACUCGCGCGAGGAAUGUUCGGUUGUUUACGUGUGUUUUGGGAGCCGUACGUUUUUGUCGGGUUCGCAAAUGAAAGUGUUGACGUGUGCUUUGGAACUCAGUGGGGUGACCUUUGUUUUGUCAGUUGGGGUUCCAGACGCCCGACACAUGGCGCCGGAUCAGGGUAAGGUGCCGUCUGGGUUUAUGGAUGAGAUGGGGUGCGAGGGAGGGGCUUUUUGA